AUGAAGGCCCUAAAAGGAGCAGACUUUAUAAAACUGACAUCAUCAACAGAAUCUGUCAUAAAACUGCAAACAGAGCUUAAGUCCUGCCUGUCAGAUGUCCCAAGUGAUCCCUCAAAGCCAGAUCAGCUGUCAGAUCAACGAGUUGUGUGUGACCGUGUACUUCGUGCCUGUAAUCACUGGGUAGCAGAGAGUUCUUGUCUUGGUCCACACUUAAGUAGUUUGAUGCCCUUGGCAGAACUUGCAAGUCGGGGUUUCCAUGUCUCAGGUGCCCAGCGUACACCAUUCUACCUGGAGAAGAUCCAAUUUCAUCUUCUGAAAAAUGUUUCUACACGGGAAUCCUCUUAUAAACCCUGCAUCCAACUGUCGGAUCUUCUUUACUCCUACCUCAGUAGAUGUCCUCCAGAGCUGCAGAAUAAUGGCGAAUAUUUAGCAGUAGCUAAAAGUAGCUUCCAGUGUCUAUGGAAAGCUGUGAUUGAACAAGAGCAAAAGCGGGGUCCAUGUCCUUUCAACCGAGAGGCUUUAUCCCUUCGACUUCAUGCUCUGAGAUUUCUCAUGUUGGUGGAAAAGACCAAUUCACAUGCUGGAUCUCCCAUUACAACACAUCAGCAUGCCAAGUGUGCUAUUGUAGCCUUUGAAUCCAAAAGCAUGCUUUGCAGUCAGAGUGAUGCCUGUUUUCUGAGUCAGAGUAUAGAAGAACUGCUGGUAAAACCCUUAAAAGGAUCUGGAACUUUGACCCACUCAUGGGCUAAAUGCCUGUUGGAAUUGACAGUGGAGAGGAUUCGUGUUCUCUGUAAAGGCAGCUGCUUUGACCAGAGCAAAGAGGUUGUCCAACAAGCAAUUGCAAGUUUGAAUGCGUCUGAUAGAUGCUGCCUCUCUGGAUUCAAACUUUUAAAGUUCUCCAUAGAAAUUCAGGAAUCUAAGAAGCCACGUGAGGUUGAGAAACGUUUAGUGGAAAUUGCAGAAGAUGUUGGUGAAGCCUGCGGUUCUGGGGAAGGUUGGCAGUGCCAGGCUCUGUGCACUUGCUGUCAGUUCACCGUUUCCUCUUUAGAUGGCUAUUUCAAACAUGUUGGACAUUCAGAAACUCAGGGUGCUCGCAGACUGCUCAGCCUGAGAAAGUUUCUUGAUAUGCAUUUUAAACUUCUGGAUAAGCAAGUGUCUAUGGUAUGUAUGUUGUCUACCAUAGAGACUAGGUAUAGAACAACAUUUGAGCUUAGCUGCUCUCAACAGUUUACUAAUGUGGCGUGCUCAUUCUUGCAAAGCUCUAAGGUAAGGCAGGAGGAUGGGUUGUGUUCUAUUGUCGACGCUUGUAAAGACACAGUAUGCAAAAUGCUGGCUUCGGUCAAUGGGCUUUCUGGUCAAGAUGCAGCAGAAUUUUUGAACAUAACAGCAUCAUGUGUGCAUAAUUUGGCCUACUGGUUCUAUAGCCAGAAGAAAUACAAGGAAGCCUCUGACCUGGUGUCUCCGCUUUGUGAAUAUCUUGCAGCGGCACGUCCUGAGGGCGAACCUGAAUUGGCUGUGGAAAGGCUGCACCGUUGUUUUAAGCUGCAUGUAGAGAGUUACCGGAAAGCUGGUUACACGGCUCUUGGCCUCACAGCUGUGACUCUCUGGCUACGAGCUUUGCAAGGUCACGUUUUGCAGCAAAUGGCCGAGCCUGUUGCAGUCUGGGUCCGACUCAAAAUUGAUGGUGCAAAGAAUGGAGAUGAAGAUCUUAGACUGCAAACGCUGAAGGAUGGCUUCUCUGAUCACCCUGUGGAUCCAGAGCUGAUGGUUUCUCUACUUGCAGAAGAGCUUAAAGGCUACAAAUCUGUUCAUGGUGAUACAGGGCAGGAGCGUUAUAAUACUAUUUGUGAUUUGCUGGAGCUGUGUGCUGAGAACAGCCAACUACAUCAUCAUCGUGCCCCAUUCCUGCUUGAGCUAGCCCAGGUUUUGUGUUAUCAUGACUACUCAGGACAGACUGAAUGCACCGCUCUAGAUGCAGUGCAGGAUUGCCUUCGACUUCUGGAGUCUGUCCCAGAAUCUACAGAAAACCGGGAGCAGUGGUUGGAUGUAAAAGCCCAGGCCCUUCUCUGGCAAUAUAUUUGCACUUUGGAAGCUAAUAUGCGUGAGGUUCUGGAGGAACAGCAACGGAAAGAAAACCUGAACAGCCAGAAAAAGUGGACCGGAGUAGAGUAUGAACCCAAUGACCUGAACUAUGAAGAUAAACUUCAUGAUGACCAAUCUGCUAAAGAUGGCAUUUGUUUCACCUUAGCUGGGGAGGCUGGGCCUAUGAAAGGUCUGGACGAAGCUCUGGAUCUGUGGAAGGAUAUUCUCUCUGGAACUAGUAUUCCUUCUUUAAACAAUAAUGAACACACUGUCUUUUCCUUGCAUCUACUGGGUUCUCUUUUCCGACUCAUGGGCAAGCCUUUGCAGGCCGUACAAAGCUUCCAGCUAGUAAGACAUCUGUGUGGGAGUUGGGGGGAUUUUAUACGUGAGGUUGGAGCUCUAUGCCACUUAACAAGGCUUAUGUUUUACUUGGAGAGUACAGAAUGUGCUCAGGUCACUCUUCAAGAGGCAGAAACCGCCCUGGAGCAUGCAGACCGCACUAGUGAGGCUUACAUUUUGGCUUCAUGUAGUUGUGAACUUCUCCGCAGCCAUCUCUUCCGGAUCAAUAAUCAGGUUAAGAAUGGAGUAGAAGUUCUUACAAGCCUUCUUCAGCACCCGUCUCUGCAGAAGUCCUCCAAAGCCUGGUACCUUUUAAAAGUCCAAGUCUUGCAGGAGCUCUCCGCGUAUCUCCGGCUUCCACCGGCAAUGUUGCUUCCAGAUCUUUACAAAAAGCUUUGUGCCCAGGGUUGGCAUAACCCAGAGACUGCUCUGACAGAGGCACACAAGUUGCUCAGGAGCAUUGUCCUUCUCUUAGUGGGAAACGAUGUUUUGUCCGCUCCAAAGUCUACAACAGAAAUGCGAUUUGUGGAUUAUGGUGAGAACCUUCUUCAGAAGUGGCAAGUACUUGCUGAUCUAUUAAGCUGCUCUCAGGAUCUUAUCAGCACUCUGAGCUCUCUUGGCAGUGUUUCUGAGGCCAAGUCCUUCUGCCUUGAAGGAUUGAGAUUAGCCAAAACUCUUCAUAGUAUGCGACAUUGUGCAGAUUUCUUGUUGAGAAAGGCAGAACUGGAGACUCUACGUGCAGAGCCUCAGCUGUGUGAAGAAGAUCUGCAAUAUGUGGUGUUCCUCAUGGAGUCUUGCACAGAUUUUACAGCUAACACUAAGCAAAAAGAGGUGAAAGUUAAAGUCUCCAAAGGGAAGAAAUCAAACAAAAAAGAAAAGACCCCAGAUUUCACACCCAGUCCUCCAGCAGAAGCAGAUGAUUUUCUUAAAAGGGUGCAGUUUCAGUUUGUUGAAACAAGAGAUUUGGUGAAGCCCCCCGAAUCCCCAACAAUUGCUGCUCCUUCUGAGAAGACUCUUCCGGAUUUUGUGUCUCAUACACUGGAAUGUACCUGUCCUCUAUGCUCUGACCUGGUACUUGCCUUACUCUGCACUCAAUGGCUGGUGGCUAAGGCAGAGAAUGAACCUCAGAGCAAGGAUCUGUUGCAUUUAGCUCUCAAACGUAGUCAGUUCAAAACGCAUUACUUCUCUGAGGUCCUAAAGGACAUUCUGCAUGUUAAAGAUUGUAAGUCUAUUAGUCUUGGUAUUAAUGAUUGGCUAAUUGCUCGAAUAUAUCAGUCAGUGGUGUAUACGAGUCCUCCUCCUAAUCUUGCAGAAGGCAUUUUAGAAGAAGGCUUGGACUUUGUCUCUUCACGACCAGCCUCUUUUUCCAAACAAUGGAAGGCAAGCCUUUUGCUGGCCAAAGCAUUAGACUCUGUUUACAAGCUUUCCUUGAAGCACGGAGGCUGCAUUGCAGAUCUCUUUAUGCAGGUGUGGGGUUGGAAACCUCACAUUGCGAAGAGAGUAGCCGACUUGAGCUCUAAGAGCAACCAGAUCUGUAAUAGUGCUAUUUCUAAUAAAAAGAAAGGAGCCCAAAAGCUUUCAGUUGCAAGUCUCCAUGAUCUCUUUUCUCCUGAUGAAAGUGAACCUUGCCUUCCAUUUGUGUCUAUGAAGACUCCGACAAUAUUGCAGAAAGACCUUUUGACAACACAGACAAAACCAGUUGCACCAGCAGUUGGCAGAAAGUGCUCAGUCUCUGUGUAUGAUGAAGAUUCUCCCAAACGGGAACUAGAGCCAAGAGCGCCUCGAAGACGUAAAACUAGAGCAGUAAUAAAGGUUGAUUUCAGUGACAGUGACCUUGAAAUACCAGAUAACCUUGAUACUGACCCAACUUGGAAUAGCAAAAAGCAAGCUGUGCAGGCUAAGCCUACAUCCCGAAGGAGACCUUCUACAAAGAGUUGUACAUUACUCGCACCCUCAGAAUCUGAUGAUGAGGAGGUGACUGCAAAGAACAGGUCUAGGAGAGGGAGAGGAAGCGCGAAAAAAGCCCCAAAAGAGAGUAGCACUCCAGAAAUGCAUAGGCGCCGUCCACAAGGGAAACUAGACAUACCACCAGUGGACGCUCUUAGAUCGAUUGAAGAAGAACCAGAAUGGCUGUUGGAUCUCAGUAUUGAUGAGCUGCGAGCUUCUGAUGCAGAGGAUCAGAAACCAACAAGAGCACCUGGUAGAAUACGAAAGCCCUCAAAAAAAGAAAAAAUUGGAGAGUGUGAAAUCCUAAGAAGAGAUGUUGGAUCAGAGAUACAGGGAUGGACAUCUGUUAAAGAACAAGAAGGGGAUCCAAACAUAUUCAGCAUGAAGGGAGUUUCAUCCUCACUACCAGCUAUAUUCAGUGCUUCUGAUCUGGAACCCGUGUCAUCCUAUCUCAAAGAAGCUUUGGAGUCUGUAGCCCAUUUCCCUCCUUGCGCCUUGUAUGCAAAGCUUUGCCGAUUACGUGCGCUCUGUUCUGGUGGACAAGACCCCUAUAUGACUGCUUUUCUGAUUAAUGAAUCUGUGGCCAUCACGCUGAGACAUCAGUUGCUCAGUGACGUUCAUCGGAAGCUGAGGAAACUGAAGAAAGAAGGCUCAGGGGAUGUAUCUGACAAGCUACAAAGUUUGAGUCUUGAUGAUCACCAGGACCCUCAGAUUAAGUACCUUUCACAGCUGGAGGCCCUGUUUCAGUUUCCAAAGCAAUCUAUAAAAAUGCAUUCAUUUAAGGAUCAGCUGCAGGAGAUUCCAACAAACACUGCAGUAUGUAUAUUGACCCUGGCUGACAUCCAUCAACGAAGCCCUGGAGAUACUCUACUACUCUGCAGACUUGAAAAAGGAAAUUCCCCUGUUACUGUUCAUAUACCAACAUCCCAGCUAAAGAUGUCUCUUAGCACAGUCCUGCAAGAGUUUGCUGACAUUCAGAAGCAGCAGAAAAUUGUUAACAAUUUAACAGAUAAAAGGGAAUGGUGGGAAGGACGCACAGCUCUGGAUGGUCGCAUGAAGGCUUUAAUACAGUCACUUGAAGAACAGGUCUUGGGUUGUUGGAAGGUCCUUUUGUCACCUCCCUGCUCAGCUCCUGCUCUGGAGGAAGAAGCCCGGGUGCUUUCAAAGGCUCUUGUAGUCUGUGGUUGGAGGAGGGCAGAUCCAGGACUUUUGAAGGCAAUCCUGCAAGGCUGUCACCACUUAACUGCCCAACAAAUCCAGUUUAUUGCCCAGGGGUUCAGUGCCCCCAGGCCAGAACAAGCUCAGGAGCUGCUUAAUAAAUCUAUCGAUAAGCUGAAAUCUAAAACUGAACAUAAAGAAGGACAUCUCAUUCUUGUACUGGAUAAGCACCUUCAGCAACUGCCCUGGGAGUGUAUGCCCUGCUUGCUGACCAGAUCAGUCACUCGUCUCCCAUCUCUGCAUUUCCUGCUCAACUACAACCUCCUUAGAAAGCACCAGCCUCAGAGCAGCCUUGUUCGCGGGGUGGAUCCUAAGAAAACAUUUUAUGUCCUGAAUCCCCAUUCAAAUCUACCGGGCACAGAGGAACGAUUCAGGGAUUGGUUUAAAAAUGAACCUGGAUGGACAGGAGUUGUCAGAUCUUCUCCAAAGUCGGAAGAUCUCCAGACCGCUCUAACAAAACAAGAUCUUUAUAUUUAUGUGGGCCAUGGAGCAGGUGCACAUUUCUUGGAUGCACAGACUCUGCAAAGGUUGGACUGUAAUGCAGUGGUGUUGCUGUUUGGAUGCAGUAGUGCUGCUUUGGCUGUCAGGAGAGAUCUUGAAGGCGCUGGUCUAGUCCUGAAAUACUUAAUGGCUGGAUGCCCUAUGGUAGUUGGGAACUUGUGGGACGUCACAGACCGAGAGAUUGACCGAUACACGGUGGCGUUCUUACAGGGUUGGUUGAAGGCAGGGCCCGGUGCCACGCUUCUGAAGUACUUAUCGGAGUCACGACAGGCUCCAAAACUCAAGCAUAUAAUUGGUGCAGCUCCUGUGGCUUAUGGCAUACCUGUGGCCCUUCAGUGACUUUAACUCUAAUUCAGCACAUUGUACAGAAAAAUGUUUAGAAGUGUUGCACGUGGAAACGACUCCAAUGCUGUUUAUACAACUACAAAUAUUUUUCA